GGGAAAGAGCUACGUCAUUUUUAUGCGCGAGGAGGCUAAUAACAUACCUUUCGCUUUGAAAAAUAUGAACAAAUAAACGUUUAAUCGGGUUGGCGUCGCUGUUGUUGUUUUUAUCAGACUCUUUUUGGAAUAAAUUUAAACCGCUGGCAUUUUUAUCAAACAUAAGAGGAAUGUCGAGCUUUUGAAUCUAAAAAUAUAAUCUGUCGCUUCCCAUGUAUAGCUAGCCGAAUAAAAAUCAUUGCCCCACUUUUUUAUUUUAUUUUAAAUAAACAAUGACAACUCUGACAAGGCAAGAUCUUAACUUUGGACAAGUGGUUGCUGACAUUUUGUGCGAGUUCCUGGAGGUCGCCAUUCACCUCAUCCUCUACGUCCGUGAAGUUUAUCCCUCUGGAAUCUUCCAGAAGAGGAAGAAAUACAAUGUACCCGUGCAGAUGUCCUGUCACCCUGAGCUGAAUCAAUACAUCCAGGAUACGUUACACUGUGUGAAGCCGCUCAUUGAGAAGAACGAUGCAGAGAAAGUGGUGGUGGUCAUCAUGGACAAAGAGCAUCAUCCAGUCGAGAGAUUUGUCUUUGAGAUUUCCCAACCUCCUCUCCUCUCAAUCAGCUCAGAGACUUUGCUGUCACACGUGGAGCAGCUGCUGAGAGCGUUCAUCCUGAAGAUCAGCGUGUGUGACGCUGUUUUAAACAACAACCCACCAGGUUGUUCUUUCACGGUGCUUGUGCACACCAGAGAUGCUGCCACACGCAACAUGGAGAAGGUUCAAGUCAUUAAGGAUUUUCCAUGGAUCGUCGCUGAUGAGCAGGAAGUUCACAUGAAGGAGCCCAGACUCAUUCCACUGAAGUCCAUGACGUCCGACAUUGUUAAAAUGCAGCUCUAUGUGGAGGAGAGAGCCCAGAAAACGUAAGGAGAAAAACAGAUCAUUCUGGGCAAGCUGAUCGGUGACAGCUGCACAUAAUCAGCUGAAUAUUUAUCACAGCCUGUCGCUGCAAGAUCAGUUCUAAUGAAGACAUGGCGUCAGGAAAUGUUUAAUAUUCCUCAUGGAAACUAUCUGCAGGGCUUUCCUAUCUUUGCUCUCGCAUUGUACAUCAGACGGAAACAUUGGGAUGCUGUCUGAGAAAUAAAAAAUGAAACAUCCUGCUGAGAAAGAUGA